AUGUCGGUAUGCUUACCAGGCAAACAAGUCCCUGCCUAUUUCACUCACAAAACCAAAGGAAACUCCAUAUCCAUCUCUCCGGGGACUUUCUCUGCGUCCUCAAGAUUUAAGGCUUGCGUCCUGCUUACUCCAAGCGGUCAGUUUUCUUUCAACACUCAAGUUGUUUGUCAUCUAAAAAGCAAAGGGGUUCUCAUCAAUGAACUGGAAUACACAUCAUGCUGGCAUGAAGUAGAUACGUCUGACAGCAAGAUUCUAACUGAACACCUGUUCGUAUUUUCUGGGAGCCUGUUUGGAGCACACAGUUGCGUUGAAGUAGAUGCGACUACCAGCGAGAUUCUAUUUGAAUUCAGCUGCAACGUAAACGAUGAAAAGAUUAUUGAGUGCGGUGUACAGAUCUUGACGGAGGAAGGUGAGAGUAGUACCAGCAAAUGGAAAGUGCAGAGUGAAGAAGCCGCCGAGGUCUCCAAAGAUGAAAGUGUCGUCAAAAGAAGUAAGCAUACAGGUCUGUGGAGUUGGAUUAAGAAGCUUCGUCUCUCAGAGUAA